AUGGAAGCGCUGUCGCGCGCAUCCCAGACAAAGGGAGUGAAUUUUCCUCGCGUGAUUACAUGCCCCCAUGAGAUGGUCGCGAUGUGCAUGGCGGAUGGUUUUGCUCGACUCACCGGCAAGCCCCAAUGUGUUAUCGUUCACGUCGAUGUAGGUACUCAAAUGCUAGGAUGCGCAAUGCAUAACGCUUCGGUGGCCCGAUGCCCCGUCAUUGUGUUUGCCGGUCUCUCCCCCUUCACGCUUGAAGGAGAGAUGCCUGGUUCCCGGACAGAAUUCAUCCACUGGCUACAAGAUGCUCCUGACCAGAAACAAAUCGUCUCCCAGUUCUGUCGAUACACGACUGAGUUCAAGACAGGCAAAAAUAUCAAGCAAAUAUUGAACCGUGCCAUCCAGUUUGCUACCAGUGACCCCAAGGGACCAGUGUAUUUGACAGGGGCUCGCGAAGUGAUGGAGGAAACAGUUCCGCGAUACAAACUCGAUUCCAGCGUAUGGAAGGGCGUGGCGCCAACCGCACUACCUCAAGACGGCCUUGAGACGAUCGUUUCGCUGCUAGCAGUCGCUGAUGAGCCACUGAUAAUUGUUGGCUAUACAGGACGCGACCACGGCACCGUUCCGGAAUUGGUGUCCCUAGUCGAGAAUAUCCCUGGAAUUCGCGUGCUAGAUGGUCUGGGAAGCGACGUCUGCUUUCCACAGACCCAUCGAGCCUCCUUGGGAGUGCGAAUUGGUAGUCAUGAGCGCAUCAAGACGGCCGAUGUCAUUCUUGUGUUACACAUCGAUGUGCCGUGGAUUCCUACGCAGUGCAAGCCUCGUUUAGACGCCAAGAUUGUCCAUAUCGACGUUGAUCCCCUCAAGACUAACAUGCCGGUGCAUUACAUUCCUGCCCUUCAUCGAUACUCGGCAGAUGCAAAGACGGCGCUUCGGCAGCUCAAUAAAUAUAUCGCCAGUCACACGCAAUACUCCACGCUUCGCAUCUCGGAGCCGCACCUGUCUCGCUGGUCUGCUUUGGCAGCCGAACACCAAGAUCGCCUAAAGCGAUCUCAAAAACUCGCAUUGGCCUCUGAUGAACUCGCUUCUCCUUCAAUCUCUCAUCUAUGUGCAGCCAUACGACAACAAUGCCCCCAAGACACGAUAUACUCAGUCGAGGCUGUCACUAAUGCCCCUUUCGUCUAUGAGCAGUUGCAAGUAGACAAGCCCGGUCAUCUACUCAACGCAGGUGCUGGUGGUUUAGGUUGGUCAGGUGGUGCGUCAAUUGGCAUCAAGCUUGCUGCAGACUGGCUGGCCGGGGGGCAAGGAAAAGGCCAGUUCGUAUGUGAGAUUGUUGGUGAUGGUACUUUCAUGUUUGGUGUACCAGGAACUGUAUACUGGAUCGCUCGAAAAUACAAGUUGCCCACUCUGACAAUAGUCUUGAGUAACAAAGGCUGGAAUGCCCCUCGUGUUUCUCUUGAACUCGUACACCCAACUGGUUACGGCUCAAGAGUGUCCAACGAGGAGCUGAACAUCUCAUUUGCGCCAACCCCGGACUUUUCAGGGAUAGCCAAGGCUGCUGCCAAUGGAAACGCAUGGGCCGGCGUCGCGAGGACAGUUAAAGAUUUGUCAGUGCUCCUACCUGAAGCCAUCCAAAAUGUCCACAGCGGAAUAUCAGCUGUGCUCGAAGUCCAACUCGCAGGGUCCUGGGAGGAGGAGAAUAAUGUUCGGAGUCAGAUCUGA